AACAAAACCCCUGGUUUUCAGCUAUCUUUCGCUCUCCUUUCCAAACCGCUGCGCUCUCUCUUUGCCAUACCCACACACUCUCUCCUCACUUAUAAAUAUCUCUCCUUUCUUCUCUCAAUCCCUCCCUAUUGCCGCACACUAACCCUUCCUUCUGGUCUUCACCCCCAAACCAUGAGGAUGAGCUGCAACGGCUGUAGGGUUUUGCGCAAAGGUUGCGGCGAUGACUGUGCUAUUAGACCUUGCCUUCAAUGGAUCAGAUCUCCUGAUGCUCAGGCCAAUGCCACCCUCUUCUUGGCCAAAUUUUAUGGCCGUGCUGGCCUUAUCAACCUCAUCGAAGCUGGACCCCAACACCUUCGUCCUGCUGUUUUUAGGUCACUGUUAUAUGAGGCUUGUGGAAGGAUAGUGAAUCCAGUGUAUGGAUCAGUUGGCUUGCUUUGGUCCGGGAAUUGGGCUCAUUGCCAAUCAGCUGUUGAUUCAGUGCUAAGAGGAACACCUAUCGUGCAAAUGCCUUCAUCUGGUUCUGAUACACCCCAACUACCACCACAAUUGAUCGAUCCUCUCAAAACCUAUGACAUACGCCACGUGUCAAAGGAAGCUGAACUCAACAAGGUCAAGAGCCGGAGUCGGUUCAAGAGGCCUGUUAAUAGAACACCCAGUUCCCCUACUGAUCAGCCAACGGGCAGUGUUCGCAUUGGCGAUUUGAGCUUCGAGCCGCUCCGCGAACAAUUGAUGAGUCAGAUGGUCGAUGGGGAUAGCAGCAGUAAAGAUGAUGAAAGCAUGUUUUCUGUUGAAACAAUGGAUGAUGUGAACCAGAAUGAACUACACCGGGGUAUGAAAUUCAAUGGUGAUGAUGAGGUUGGGUUGGACCUGACUCUUGGCUUGCUUCCAGUGCAGUAAGUGCAAAAAUGGGUUGGGACUUGGAUGCAGAAGCAAAGAUGGAGCUGAUUAGAUGGUUUUCUUUUAUCUUCCUUGUUGCCAAAUAUACCUGAAGUUCAUAUUUCUUUUCUUUUUUAAUUUUUUUUCUUUUUUUAAUCCUUUUUAGGGAAAAAGAUGAAAAGAAAAUGAAGAGGAACUUGUCUUUUUCCAGUGCUUAAGUUGUAAGGGUCAAGUUUUGGUGUAUACAAUACAGCAAAAGAAGACAUAUACAUAUUAACCUUUUGGUUAUGGUUAAUUAGUAAUCAUAUAUAUACAACUGUUUUUAUCAAA